ACUUUAUUCACUCCGCAUGUCUGUAUUUUUCUUUUUCCUUCUACUUCUCGGACCACAAUCUCUUCACAUAAUCGCCGAUGUCGGUCGGGUCUUUAAAUAGACAGCCUCCCGGCUCCCAUACUAAUACUAAGCCUUUUCUCCGCGACAAAAUGGACACGGCACAGGAUAAUAGUAGCAACACAACCUUGCGGGGGAUAAUGCAAGAAGACAGCUUUGCGAGCAACAUGUCCCACAAUUCGAAGGCUAGCAGCUCUACGACCAUCCACUCGGAUAUUACCACAGCUAGUAGCAUAGAGGUUGACAUUGAAGGACCAAAUAAUCCACGACGACGAUAAGAGGAGAAGUGUACCCUGUCAUGGAGGGGACCUCAAUCCUGUAGGAAAUGAUAUUUGUCAUUGAAGCUUGACUAACAAAGAUGUCUCAGUAUCAACUCCCCACGAGUAGCUUGGUAGUAGACCUAGCCAAGUCUCGGCCGUCGCACUUGACUUACGAAGAGUCCCAGCAGUUCAAGACCGAAGGAUCAGGGUGCGAUGCACCUACUCAAGCCAACUAUUCCGUAACCGAGUCGUCACAGCAGUGGCCUCAUGAUUACAGUAUCAAGCACGAUUCUAUCAUCGAACUCAUCCCCGAUGAUCGCACAAUCUGGCCAUAUGACCCAAAGCCCGCCGCCACCUCUGGUCCUCCUAAGAGGUACCAUCUCAAAGCUAAUCUACCCGAGCAACACACCGAACCGUGCACAAUUUUUCGAGGCUAUGAAUUGGGGGACAUUCAAGGGGAAAGACCGGUGGUUAUCAAAUUAUGGUAUGCGGAUAAAGAAGUAUUCGGCCCAACGAAACCUGAAGUACGUCUGGAAAGCUACUUUACUGAAGUUCAGGCCUACACAUUACUCCAGCGGUUUCAGGGUCUAUUGAUCCCAGAGCUAUACGGCUCGUACAUGGUCGCCAGCUGCACGGACUCCCAUCCUCACUUCCUUAUGCCGCGACGGUAUGAUGCGGCGCCGAAUUACAGGAUCUUUGCUCUUGUCAGAGAGUAUAUUGACGGCAAAUCGCUUGCGGACCUGGGAGCUAGUGAGUUUGUGCCAGAGCUCUCAGCGCAGGCCAUGUUUUUGAAUCAGCUCUUCCAGCAAACGGGCGUGGACGAUAGCAGCAUGCAGGAGGAUCACAUUAUUAUGCCCAGCAAGUCGUCCGCCACAGUGGCACGGUGGAAGAAGCUACAGGCGCUACAUAAGGGCCUUCAGAUUGGCAGAAAGUACAUCGAAGUAACUGAGUGUAACAAAGUAGUAGUCGUUAAUUUGUCGCACGCUAACAUCAUCGCAUGGGAGUUGCCAUAUCAGAACCCCCUCCUAUCAGUUCGAUACUAUCACUGGCUGCGUACGAUGAAUGCCGAGCAAAAAAAAAAAACUCUACGUCUCUGCUUACAACGGGGCCUAGAAAGAUUAUGGCCAAUCGAUCAAGAAGAUUGGGACGAAAUCAUUAACCACUCGAUGUUCUCCCUGGGAGACGAUGCUAAGCGGGAGCUUCAGAAGGACUUAGAUAGAUACAAUAGAGACACGGCUAAGAACUAGAUCCUGCUCGGUGAACACGCCAGUUUCCAAAGCGGUAAUAGGCAUGUUACUAUCCGUACGUUGGCAGCAGGACCUGACAGCUCUGCGCUACUAGCACAUUCAUAGAUUAAAAUCAUUCCGGUACUAUUAAACUCAAUACGAAGAAGCUCUUAAAUGCAAGACACCUGGUAGGACCGUAGGAGGGAGUGGCGGCAGCAGAAUAACUGAAC